CUCUCCCUCUCUCACAAAAACACACACACACACAGUUUGUCCCUCGUUUUUGUCUUUCCUCACGUACACUCAUGUCGACUGCCACCCAAGGGCAGAACCCUUCCUCCUUGUGUCCUGCAUCCUGGUUGCGGUGUGCACUGCAUCUCCGUGUGGCUGCUGAGAGCUCUGAAGGAAGGUGCUGAGGCCAUGGAGCACAGCCACAUCUUCACGGUGCUUUCUCUUAAUACCAGUGCCUGGAGCCCGGAUCAGCCGCAGCCAAACAGCCACCAGGGCUGCCCUCUUGGACCUCUUCCAGUCAUCUACUACAGCAUCUUGCUCUGCCUUGGCCUGCCUGCAAACAUCCUAACUGUGGUAAUCCUGUCUCAGCUGGUGCUGCGCCGCCAAAAAUCAUCCUACAACUAUCUCCUGGCACUGGCCGUGGCUGACAUCCUGGUCCUCCUUCUUAUUGUUUUUGUCGACUUCCUACUGGAGGAUUUCAUCCUCGGAACCCCUUUGCCAUUCUCCCUUAACAAGACAGUGCAGGUACUAGAGUUCUCCUCCAUGCACACCUCCAUCUGGAUCACUGUGCCACUGACUGUGGAUCGUUACAUUGCUGUUUGUCACCCUCUGCGCUACCACACCAUCUCUUACCCAGCACGCACCCGCAGAGUGAUCUUGGCUGUAUACACUGGGUGCCUGCUAUCUAGCACACCGUAUUACUGGUGGCCCGAGCUGUGGCAUGGGCUUCCAGGGGCAAGUGGAGGAAGCAGCAGCAGUGUAGGGCAACACGUGCUGGUGUGGGCACACUGUGCUACUGUAUACUUGCUUCCCUGCUCUGUCUUUUUCUCACUCAAUGCAGUGAUUGUGCGUAAGCUCCGGUGCAGGCGUAGCUGCUUUCGUCUCCGAGGCUACUCCACUGGCAAGACUACUGCCAUCCUGCUUGUCAUCACAUCCGUAUUUGCCGUGCUGUGGGCACCAAGGACCAUCAUGGUCCUAUAUCACCUAUACACUGCACAACCUGCCAGGCCUGACUCUGCUCGUCUACUCCACCUGGUCACUGAUGUGGCCAACAUGUUAGCGCUGCUUAACACGGGAGUAAACUUCUUCCUGUACUGCUUCAUCAGCAAGCGCUUUCGAGCCAUGGCUGCGACAGUUCUCAAGUCCUUUUUCCACUGCAAGAAGCAGCCGCCACCCUUCUAUACCACCCACAACUACUCCAUCACCAGCAGCCCCUGGAUCUCACCAGCCAAUUCUCACUGCAUCAAAAUGCUUGUUUAUCAGUAUGACAAGAAUGGCAAACCAGUCUGCAUAUCAUCCUGAACACAAUUAUUAAUUACAGAUUGAACCACACUCAAAACUUUGCACAGACAGCAGGAGUCAGCCAAGUACAAGUAACAACAGUUAACAGAUUAUGUGCAAAUGUUUGUCGAACUUAUAAAGGUUGUACACCAAAAAUGGCGAUGAUGAAAUUGACACAAUAAAAAAUGCUAGAAGUGAUUAUCAAGAUAUUAAUGCAAAAAAUUGUAAAUUGCAGAAUAUCCUAACAUGAAAACAUGUAAGUUCCAUCAGACUUAUAUUUACUUAAAAGUAGGUGAUGGGCCACUGCUCAUUUCCAUGUGUUUCAUGUGAUUAACCUAAUAGCUAUAGACAUUUAUUAUUUUUGUUUCUUUUUUAUGGCAUUAGACUGUAUUCAGCAGAACUGUCAAAGCCAGAGUAAGGACAGCAGUCCUGAUUCAGCAGAAGGUUACUUCUCUUGUAAGGUGUUGACUCAGAGUUUUUGUGGUGGCUCACAUUGCAAGCUUUUUCCAAAAGGUACUACAGAUAACAGUGCAAAUACUUUCAUUUUAACAUGAUAUGAAAUGUCUCCAAAGAAGAAAACAAAAAGAAAAUAGCUCUUCUAGCUCCCCCACUGUCUGUCAACUGAAAAUUGCACAACACAAAAGUUCAGUUUCUUCAUGGUCUGUUUCUUCAUGGUACUGUAAUAGACUUUGUGGUAGACUUGACUGUUAGAUAUGCAGUAAAAGCAAAGAUUAGCUAAUUAAAAUCAAAACUCAUUUGAAUGGGAUUUUCUACCACAUGUAGUUGGCCCUUUUUAGUACUGAUUCUUAGUGCCAGUAUUAACACAGUGAAUGUAUUUAUACCUACAUAGGUGCAUUGAUGUAACAAACCUGACCACUUGUGUUUUGUAAUUUAUUUAACUUUUGUGAACAAGUGCCAUAACACAUCUGCAAAAAGAAAAAACUGUGUCCAGGACCCUAAGGCAAUAUGUGGGCCUUUUAAUACCUCUUCCCACAUACAAAAAUCCAUCAUGGCCUUUGCAACCUUGAGGGAAAAACUUAUGAUCAGUGCCUGUUUCUGAGCUGAUCACACAGGUCUGUAAGUAUUGCUAUCUUUAGUGAUAUUACUGAGGUCACUGCCAAUUGUUCUUUUGUUUUGUUCUGUUUUCUCAGAAAAUAAAAUUGUAAUGAACAGUUUCUUAAUGGAUAGCACUCUAGGGCAAAAUAUAAAAGUCUCUAGCAUUUAUUGAAAGCAUCAAGCUUCAUAAGCUAUAAUUUUCAAAAGAAAUACCCUGAAUGCAUUGGCUAACCCAAAUGGAUUGAUUGCAUGGAUUGGCUAACCCAGGAGGAUGAUGCAUAAACCUACACACAAUUAUGGGAAAUAAACUGGAACAACACACAUUUUUAAAUGUGUAUUUAUUUAGCACCAAAACUCUCUAAAAGGGGGCUCUGUUAGUAUUCAUUUGUCAAGUUUCACAGAAUGUAUACAUCAUAUCAAAUUAUGUUUAGACUUUGUAUUAAAAUAUACAUUUAUAUUGGUGAAAGUACAACACUAACAAUAUUACAUUUUAGGCCCCUAUUAAGGUGUCAUAGUAAUUCAAUUUUAAUAAACUAUGACAAAAAAAUAAAGAGAAAUAACAGUAAAAUAAAAAUACUAGAGGGGGUUGUUCAUAAAAAUUUGCUUACGUAUGCAGAUGGUUUGUUCCUGAUGUUUUUUGUUCAAAUCCUCCUAGUUUUUAUUGCAUGCUCAAGUUGACAUGACUGGCAUUUACAUGAAAGUAUCUAAAAGAAGCAACUUCUACCAUGAGAACUUUGAUUCCUGUAUUGUGGAUUAUGCUAUUGUGCUUAAAUAUUUUAAAGCCCACAGUCCAGUACACCAUAAUCCAAUCCUAAAUCAACCAUAACUUAUGCAGCUUACCAUAUAUAACUUAUAUUAGCUAUAGGAACUAUUAGUAGUUGUCCUAAAUUUACACUAGAGAUACCGCAAUAGGAAAGAAAAAUGAUACUCUUUACUCUCUCUGAGAACCAUCUUGUUAGUGUUUUUAAUGU